GGGCGUAUCCGCAGGUUCCCGUCGCCCGCCGGUCAAGAUGGCGGCUCCCAGUAUCUGUUCUCAGUGGAGCCGCUAUGGCAGCGGGUGGUUGCGGGCCAUGCGGGGUUGCUGGGUUCCCAGGCUCCGUAGCUCCUGGCCCGCGGGCUCUCUGGGUGCACGCCUGUUGUCUCAAGAGAAGCGGGCAACGGAAACGCACUUCGGGUUCGAGACUGUGGCGGAGGACGAGAAAGGGGGCAAAGUCUAUCACGUAUUUGAAAGUGUGGCCAAGAGGUACGACGUGAUGAAUGACAUGAUGAGCCUCGGCAUCCAUCGCGUUUGGAAGGAUUUGCUGCUCCGGGAGAUGCGCCCACUUCCUGGGACCCAGCUGCUGGAUGUUGCCGGAGGCACAGGUGACAUUGCAUUCCGGUUCCUUAAUUAUGUCCAGGCACAGCAUCAAGGAAAGCAGAAGAGGCAGUUAAGAGCCCAGCAAAAUUUAUCCUGGGAAGAAAUUGCCAACAAGUACCGGAAUGAAGAGGAUUCCCUGGGCGGUUCCCGUGUCGUGAUCUGUGACAUCAACAAGGAGAUGCUCAAGGUUGGCAAGCAGAAGGCCACGGCUCAGGGCCACAAAGCUGGACUUGCUUGGGUGUUAGGAGAUGCUGAAGAACUGCCCUUUGAUGACGACAAGUUUGACGUUUACACCAUUGCCUUUGGGAUCCGGAACGUGACCCACAUCGAUCGGGCACUCCAGGAAGCCCAUCGGGUCCUAAAGCCAGGAGGACGGUUUCUCUGUCUGGAAUUUAGCCAAGUGAACAAUCCCCUCCUAUCCAGGAUUUAUGAUCUGUAUAGCUUCCAAGUCAUUCCUGUCCUGGGAGAGGUUAUUGCAGGAGACUGGAAGUCCUAUCAGUACCUUGUAGAGAGCAUCCGGCGUUUCCCAUCUCAGGAAGAGUUCAAGGAGAUGAUAGAAGAUGCGGGUUUUCAGAAGGUGACUUACGAAAGCCUAACAUCAGGCAUUGUGGCCAUUCAUUCUGGCUUCAAGCUUUAGCUCUUCUCUUACCCUGGAGCAUGAACGUCACAUCCUGUUGAAAGCCUGCAACUGACGAUGCUGAGGAGGAUCUGCCUGAGGCCAAAGCAGAGCAUCUUUUCAGGAUAUGAGACUCACACUCUGAACCAACCCGCUCCACAGUGGAAGAAACAAAAUCCAGUCACUGUUUUUGCGGCUUUCACGAAGAGCUACUUUGGACCUCCUGGAGGAAUUCGGUUCUGAGUUUUUGUUUUUUUUUUUCUCAACUCCUGCUAAUUUUUCCGAGCUGUGUAGUAUGUGGUAAGAUGGCACUAAAGCUGUUUGGGAGGAUGUUUGUACCUUCCCUGCCAGUGGUGCCUUCUAGAAUAAUGGAUCAUUGAACAUCAUGAUGUCUUUUUUUUUUUUUUUUUUUGACAGGCAGAGUGGACAGUGAGAGAGAGAGACAGAGAGAAAGGUCUUCCUUUGCCGCUGGUUCACCCUCCAAUGGCCGCCGCUGCAGCCGGCGCACCGCGCUGAUCCUGGCAGGAGCCAGGAGCCAGGUGCUUUUCCUGGUCUCCCAUGGGGUGCAGGGCCCAAGCACCUGGGCCAUCCUCCACUGCACUCCCUGGCCAUAGCAGAGAGCUGGCCUGGAAGAGGGGCAACCGGGACAGAAUCCGGCGCCCCAACCGGGACUAGAACCCGGUGUGCCGGCGCCGCACGGUGGAGGAUUAGCCUAUUGAGCCACGGCGCCGGCCUAUCAUGAUGUCUUGAACCAAAAAACUUGAGGAUACCUGACUUAACCUUUUAGCCUAGGGUGGAGUUUAGGGCCAGAAGCAAAGACCCAAGUCAGAGGGCUAGCAGGCACUACUAGAAUUGUGCAGAACCAAUCAAUAAGCUUACAAUUUGGGUAGUGUUUGUCAUUUUCUCUUUAUCAGGCUAAAGGAAAUUGUUUUUUCAGUCCAUAGUGUCUGUUAUAAAAAAAAAUCACUGUAAAUUCUUGUUCAAAGAAUAAAUGUACCAGCAAACUCCUGCUUUCAUCUCAUAUGGCUGCUCUGUCAGGAUACAUUUGGAUGGAUCACUGGAUGUGUGCCAGUCUCUGAUAUUUGUAAUUUAGACUGCAGUGUCGAUACAUUUGAAGAAAGGGUUUUAUAGCAAAAAAAAUAAAUAAGAGCUUGAAAACCAUUUCUGAAGCUCCUGGUUUCACCUGAUCCAGCUCUGGCUGUUCUCCCAUGAAAUCAGGGAGACUCUGUCUCCUAAAACCUGCUGGUUGGUGUUGAAAUGAGGCCAUAAAUACGAAGCUUAAGGUUCUUAAGGGGACUUGCUAAGAAACGUCAGGGUUUAACUGCAAAUAAUCUAGUUCAGGGCUAUCUAAAAGGGCUUCAGAUACACUGCAUCUUGGCCCUGCACAGCAGGAACCAUUCACGCCCCUUCAUUUAGAAUAUCUUGCUCGUCAAUGAAAAGCUUCUAGACAUAGCUAGCCAUAAAAAACAAUCUCAAAGAACAGUAAACUAAAAGCAUUUGAUAAAAUGCUAAACCUUGUAAAAACUUAAGUUUACAUUUUAUUUUCAGCCAGUUGGAGCUUAUUGGCUUUUGAAAUUAAUUGGAAGGAACAGGCACUGGAAGGAAUUUUUUUUUUUUUUUUUUUUUUUAAUUUUUAUUUGAAAGAGUUAGACCUUCAUCUGCUGGUUUACUCCCCGGAUGACUUCAACGGCCAGGGUUGGGCCAGGUCAAAGCUACCGGCUGUCGCUCCCCCUCUUCGUGGAGGAACGACACAGGACCCUGCGCUGUUCUUUCGUCUGCUCGGCCCUCCCCGGGUUUGCUGCUGGUUCUUCCCGGGUUGGCUACUGUCCCUUCCACCUCCGUGGAAGGGCGGUUCCCCCUGGCCGCUUUCCCCACUUCCGCAGGGGAGCAGCACACCGCCGGCCGGCUCUCUCGGGGGGCUGCACAGGUGUUCCCUUAGGUGUUCCCUUAGGUGUUCCCUUAGAUGUUCCCCUUAGAUGUUCCUGGUGCAUGCCGUCUCUCUCCUCCUUUAUAGUCCUCUGCCAAUCCCAACUCGGCUGCCCACACGCCGAGUACGCUGCUCUCCUCCAAUCAGUAGCAAGUCCUACAGUUUAUUGGUUGAACUGGAGGCAGCUGUGCAGAAGCUGUUUACUUCUCUCCCAGCGCCAUAUUGUGGGAGAGCAGAUGCAUAGAAUAAGUCUUAAUUCCAGUAACUCAGUCCAGUCCGGGCUGCUCCCCACAACCGGCACCCGUAUGAGAUGCUAGUUUUACCUGCUGUGCCACAAUGCUUGACCCUGAAUUUACUACACCAGUCCCUGGAAGGAACUGCUUAAACCCAUCAACCAAAUCUUAUCUCCAUAGCAACAUGGUAUUUUCACAUCUGAAUCAACAAACAAGGGGCCAGCAUUGUGGCAUACCAGAUAAUGCUACUGCCUGAUGCUGGCAUCCCAUAUAGGCACCAGUUUGUGUCCCAGCUGCUCCACUUCCGAUCCAGCUCCCUGCUAACGUAGGAGAAAGCAGCAGAAGAUGGCCCAACUGCCUGGGCCCCUGCCACCCACAUGGGAGACCCAGAAGCUCCUGGCUUCUGGCUGCAGACUGGCCCAGCCCUCACCAUUGUGGCCAUCUGGGGAAUGAAUCAGCAUAUGGAAGAUCUCUUCUGUCUAUUCUGCCGUUCAUUCUUUCAAAUCAAUCUUUUAAAAAAUGUUAAAAGCUGGCCGGCGCCGCGGCUCACUAGGCUAAUCCUCCGCCUAGCGGCGCCGGCACACCGGGUUCUAGUCCCGGUCGGGGCGCCGGAUUCUGUCCCGGUUGCCCCUCUUCCAGGCCAGCCCUCUGCUGUGGCCAGGGAGUGCAGUGGAGGAUGGCCCAGGUGCUUGGGCCCUGCACCCCAUGGGAGACCAGGAAAAGCACCUGGCUCCUGGCUCCUGCCAUCGGAUCAGCGCGGUGCGCCGGCCGCAGUGCGCCAGCCGCGGCGGCCAUUGGAGGGUGAACCAACGGCAAAGGAAGACCUUUCUCUCUGUCUCUCUCUCUCACUGUCCACUCUGCCUGUCAAAAAAAAAAAAAAAAAAAAAAAAAUGUUAAAAGCUGCCAACUUCCCAACAGUAGAUAAGGACCAGAUCCCCCAAUGUCCAGUUGAGUUGGUCUUGAAUCAGCUCUAAGGUCUCUGCUAGAAAUAGAAUAUUCAUUUGGAAAAAAGCUAACAUGGACAAGAUAACAGCUUUGCAGGCCAAAUUCCUAUUGGACUUCAUUAAUAGUUACAGGUUGCUGAAGAGUGAGAAGUGAGGGGUCUGUGGCGUAGUGGGCUGGGCCUCUACCUGCAGGGUUGGCAUCCCUCGCGGCCACCAGUUCCUGUCCCACCUGCUCCUCUUCUGAUCCAGCUCUCUGCUUGUGGCCUGGGAGAGCAAUGGAAGAUGGCCCAGGUGCUUGGCCUGUGUGGGAGACAUGGAAGAAGCUCCUGGCUUCAUCUGGUCCAACUUUGGAUGCUGUGGCCAUUGGGGGAGUGAACCAAGUGGAUCUAUCUGUGGCCCUACCACUCAAAUAGAUAAAAUCUUAAUUUAAAAAAGUGAAAGGUACUAGAAAAGACAUUUAGUCUGUUUACGUAAAUACAAACCAAAAUCAUCCCUUCUACAGACUCAUUUUCACAAUACCUCAUCUUAACAGCCGCAAUAAACGAACCUCUACUCAAGUCCUCCCAGUCCAAAUGUAGCACAACUUCACCAGGAUGUCUGAACCCUUAAGUUCUAGUAAAUAAAUUUCUGAGAUGUUACUGACCUAAUCUUAUGAUGAGGUCAUCACCCCCUAUGUCAGGGCAGCCUGCUUGCUGCUUGGAAUUUCCAGUUUCACACCAUAGAGACCAAGUCUGAAACAAAAAGCUUUGUUCCCAGGUAAAGAUUCCAAGUCAGGACCCUUGCAAUUUUCCAGUAGACAUGGGGACUGUCUGGUGUGGCAUUGUUUCAUUUUACCUAUGAAAAGACAUCUGACAUAUUUACUUAAGAUUGCAGUCUAAAAUUAAUAGCAGGAAACCUCUGAUAAAGGUUACUUAUCCAGCUUCAACUAGGUCUUUUGGUGGAAAAAUCUUCAAAUCACGUUAAUUAAUGACCACAGCUAAAGCACACACUGCAGGCUUAAAUUCCUAUAAAACUUUAUAAGCAUGGAGAACUGCUCAAAACUCAUUUUCUCUAUUAGGAUCACCUUCUCGGCCAGCGCCAGGGCUCACUAGGCUAAUCCUCCGCCUUGUGGUGCCAGCACACCAGGUUCUAGUCCCGGUCGGGGCGCCGGAUUCUGUCCCGGUUGCCCCUCUUCCAGGCCAGUUCUCUGCUGUGGCCAGGGAGUGCAGUGGAGGAUGGCCCAAGUGCUUGGGUCCUGCACGCCAUGGGAGACCAGAAGAAGCACCUGGCUCCUGCCAUCGGAUCAGCGCGGUGCACCGGCCGCAGCGCGCCGGCUAUUGGAGGGUGAACCAAUGGCAAAGGAAGACCUUUCUCUGUCUCUCUCUCACUGUCCACUCUGCCUGUCAAAAAAUUUAAAAAAAAAAAAUCACUUUCUUUUUUGGGGGCCAAGGCAGGGAAGGGGGAUGGCCGAGAGCAUUGCAUUAUCCCAAGUGUGUGAGCUUAAUUUCCGUUUGAACCAUAGAAAGCUGACAAGACUGCAACACAUCCAGAACGUUUCUACAGUAAUACCUUUCAACAGUAACACUGUCAAAAUGCUGGUUUUUUCCUCCACAUUAUUAAAGCUUCUCUACCAUGCAUUUUGCAACACGUACCACAGCUGCAGGAUGGGUAUGAAUUAGACUCGAGGACAAAUGGUUAGUCUAUUAUAUUACAUCCCACAGGAACUUCUUUCAAGGACUCAACCUCACCAACCUAAUCUGGUCACUUGAUCAAGUGGUUAGCCAUCUUAAAUGUUAUUUGAACAUCUUCAAUGUUACUUGAAUAAACUAGCUCACACACACACAUACACAUCUCCAACAGAUUUAUUUUUUAAAGGAAUGAACUGAGAGAAAAAAAAAAAAAAACAUGGGGAAGACAA